GAUAAAUCAGGCAGUGGGCAGCCUAGAACGAGCCAUCGAUCGAUGCUGGGCCCCUCGACCGCGCGCGGCCGGCCCCGCCGCCGCCCCUCCUCUGCAGAUCCACCACGGCGCCGGCGCCGCGCCCGGGAGACCGCCCACCGAGCUUUGGCUGCCCAGCCGUGGCAGAGCCCGAGCGUCGCGGCGCUCGUGCGGCAGGCGACGUCCAAAGCGCCCAGCGACGCCUCACCGAUGAUAAUCGAGGGUCCGCGCGGCACGGCGCUGCGAGCCGUGGGCAGUGCUACCGACCACGCCGUCGCGGGCGAUGCACUGGGGAAGUGCAUAGCAGAGCGCAAGAAAAACGCCGUCGAAUUCGUGGAGAUGCUGCUGCCGCCGCCGCUCACCGACCACGAGGACGCUCGACGACUCAAGCCGGUGGCGGAGUACGAGGACUUGCCGAUCUCGAAAGGCGCGACGCGACGACGUGAGGAGAGCGACCUUGUGUUUGGUGCCGUGCUGGAAUACUCGGAUGCGUUCGGGAAACCCAAGAUCGUGAACUCUACGGCUAUGCUCCCGGAGCAGCAGUACCUCGAGGACGGGCGCACCAAUUCGAAAGUCUCACACCUCCUGACGGCGGGCCGCGGGUCUUCGAGCGUCGUCUGGGCAGGCGUCGGCCGUCGGAGCGCGGGCGUCGGCGAGGGAGAAAUGGCGGUCAUCCGCGAAGCCGUCGUCGACAGCCGGGCCGAGCGGCUCCGGAUCUCGAGGCUCCGCAGCAUCAAGCCGUACAGCGCGCACGGCUGGUGAUCUGAAGCUGUCGACGCGACGCAUCGAUGGCGUGCUGCUCCCGGCCCUACUAGUGAAUGGUUA